AUGCCACAGAUUCUCAAACAUGCCACUAGAGAAAGUGAAGAUGGUAUCAGUGGUUUACCUAGUGAACGUGGUAAAAAUGGUGGAAAUAUUUAUUUCAUUGCGAACAAAGAAUUUCGAGGAAAGAUGAAUAUAGAAAAAUUUAUUACAUUAGUAGGUGAUGGUGGUAAAGGUGGCAGUGGUGGUUAUGCAGGUAAUGGUCAUAAUGGAAAAGAUGGAACGGAUGCGAGUGAAGAAAAUACUGUCCCUUUUUAUUCUUUUGAUGAUCACCAUUUAAUCAAAGGAACAGAAUGUACACGAGGUGGGGAUGGCGGUAGAGGAGGUCAUGCUGGUGAUGUUCAUAAAAAUAAUACUGUCCGCUUUUUUCCUUUUUAUGGUCACCAUUUAACCAAAGGAACAGAAGGUACACGAGGUGGAGAUGGCGGUAGAGGAGCUGAUGCUGGUUUAGGUGCAUUUGGCGGGCAUGCUGGUGAUGUUCAUAUUGAAGAAAAUCAACGCUUAAUUACUAUGAAAUUCGCGGAAAUAAUUGAAUCAAAAGAUAAAUCGAAUACUAACGGCGAGUUAGGAUUACCUGGCCAAGGCGGAAAAGGUGGAUCUGAUGGAAAUGAUAUUCUCUACGUCAAAGGUUAUUAUAUCUCAAAAAAUAAAGCUCAUAGAGGACAUAUUGAAUUAGUCGAUACAGAAGAUUCAUUUUUCGGUGAAUACAAAGUUAAUUUUAAGUUUAAGAAAAAAAUUGUGAAAAGUUAUGAAAUGGAAAUUAUAAGUGGAAAAUCAACUGAUGUACAAUUAAAGACUCAUUAA